AUGAUUGACUUAAUCCAAGAAGAGGGCUUAUCGAUACCUAAAGCAGCAAAAGCAUGCGGUAUUCCUCGUAGUUCUGCCUAUGAGCUUGUUAAGGAAUACAACGAAUCAAAAGCAACAGUUGUACCAGCUAGUCUUUCGAAAAAGAGAGGACCACAUCCUAAGAAGCUUUUUGAUGAGUAUUCGAGGUUUCUGAUC